GCCAUGGCCCAGCAGCAGAUGAGCAGCUCGCAGAAGGCGCUGAUGCUGGAGCUGAAGUCGCUGCAGGAGGAGCCGGUGGAGGGCUUCCGCAUCACCCUGGUCGACGAGUCCGACCUCUACAACUGGGAGGUGGCGAUCUUCGGGCCCCCCAACACCCUCUACGAGGGUGGCUACUUCAAGGCUCAUAUUAAAUUUCCUAUUGACUAUCCAUAUUCACCACCUACCUUCAGAUUCCUGACCAAAAUGUGGCACCCCAACAUUUAUGAGAAUGGAGAUGUAUGUAUUUCAAUUCUUCACCCACCCGUAGAUGACCCACAAAGUGGAGAGCUGCCAUCCGAGAGGUGGAACCCUACCCAAAAUGUCAGGACUAUCUUACUGAGUGUAAUCUCUUUGCUUAAUGAGCCCAACACAUUCUCUCCUGCCAAUGUGGAUGCGUCAGUCAUGUUCAGGAAAUGGAGGGACAGUAAAGGAAAAGACAAGGAGUAUGCUGAAAUCAUAAGGAAACAGGUUUUGGCUACCAAAGCCGAGGCAGAGAAGGAUGGCGUGAAGGUCCCCACUACGCUGGCAGAGUACUGCAUCAAAACUAAAGUGCCUUCCAAUGACAACAGUUCAGAUUUGCUUUAUGACGACUUGUACGACGACGACAUUGAUGACGAAGACGAGGAGGAGGAGGAUGCCGACUGUUACGAUGAUGAUGAUUCUGGCAACGAGGAGUCGUGACCUGCUCCCUCUAUGCCCCUGUACUGCCCUGCCGACUCAGGCCAGAAGGGAGCAGCGGUAACCUAGCAGCAGUCCAGCAAAAAAGUGUGGGGGGGGAUAUAAAAAAAAAACUUUUUGUCUCCUGCUGUCUCCUGUUGUACGGAUCUGUUUGCUCCUUUUUUAUGGACCUCUUAGAGACCCUCCACAGAAUGUCUGAAUUCUUGCAUUCUUAACCCUUUCAUCACUGUAUUAUGAUUUCUUUUUAAAAAAGAAACUCCCCUUUUCACUUCUCUACGAAACGCUCACAGCGAAACAGGUUUGCUCGCGUUUAGAUUCUUGAAUUAAAUACAGUCUUGCAUUGAGAUGUUUAUUGUAUUUAAAGCUGGAACAAACCCAUUGGAAGCUGGGUUUUCAGGAGCUCAAGUGCUGCAUUUACUGGGAAGAAAAAAAAAAUCCACACAAAGCAAAUUGCCAAGGUUUAGCUGCUCCAUUUACAAUAAUAGCGUGUGUACAUUCGUUUAGCCUUGUGGUGGUGGCUUUUCCUUUAUAAGGUGUGGGGCGGAGAGUGUAAAGCUACUGUGUGUUGAGCUUGAUGGGAUGUCACUGAAAGGUACAGUAUUCCUUUUCAGCCUGCUCAAGUUAGGAAAUAGCUGGCCCCUGGAGCCCCAGAGGGCACAAUCAGCUUUGUCUCUGAAAAAGGCUUGUGAUAUGAACCGUAAAAUAAACACUUAACACUUCCGUCUGUACAACUGAGCCCUGGGUUGCUAUUUAUUUUUUUUUUUUAAUUUUUUUCAGACUAAGUUGGGGUUGAAAAAGUUCAGUUUAGCCGUGCUGCUGAGAUCUGCUGCCAGCUGCCCCUCUCCGGAGGGAGGAGAACAGACAUGGAUCCCGCUGCCCAGUGGGCAAGCAUUCAUCCUGAACUUCUUUUUGGCAAUGGGAGAGACCGAUAGCCCCCUGCCCCGCUGCUUGCUAGCAGCCCUUGCUUCCUGCAGCCCAAAUCCAAUGCUGGCCUGAGCCUUCUUUCUGUUGCUUACGUAGGUCAUGCGUUGGUAAAUGCAGCGCUGCUGCAGCCCUUUGGGCUCUGCGGGGUCGGCAGAAGUCAAAGCUGCCUUUGGUGCCUACCUGGGGUGGCCUGGCUGUCCCUGUGCCAGCCUGGGCACGGGGCAGAGGGGAUGGGUGUGGGGGGGGCUCUCCCCUGCCCGCCUGGGGCGUGGGUGAGUGUGCGCAGCCCCACAGGAGAGGGGUACACAGUGCUUUCAGGCUGGAAGAGAAGGCCGGGGCAGGGUUUGACAGGCUAUUUAGCAGCAUGCUUCAGCUGGUGCACUGAGCUUGGCCUCCUGCAUGUUUUUGGGAGCCCUUGGUAGAGCUUAAGGCCCUCCCUUGUGGGCAGGGGGGGAUCCUGCAUGCUCCUCUCUGCAGAACCCUCUUCCUUGGUCCCUCAGCACCCUCACCCCGUUGCAGUGUGCUUUUCUUGUUUGGCUGUGGUGCAGUGGCCUGAAUUCCCUUUUUGCAUGAUCCCUUGAUCAGCAGCCAGCCCUGCCCUCCUGCACUGAGCCCUGGCACCUCCAGCAGCAGAUCUGAGGUGCUGGCCCUGCUUGGGCGAGACUCUCCAUUCCCACAGGUACAGAGGCAGUUACCCUGAUAAGAGCUGCGGGCAUUUGUUCAUGCCUCCCCUUUGUGUAUCUCAGGGUUUUCAAUGGUACGUCACCAGCUGCGGUCCCUCAAAGGGGUGGUUUGGUGGGAGUAAAUUUUGUUCUGCAAUCAGCUUGGUGGCUGUGUCCUGGGGCAGGGAGCGGGAUGAGAGGGAGCAAGCUGCCUGGAGGGAGAGGAGG